AGGACUUCAAAUUUGUUCUCCCAUCUUGAGUAACAGGGUGUCUGAAUAGAUCUUCGAACUGCGCUCCUAGAACUAAGUUUCAUGUCAUGGUCAUCUCCAGUGAAAAGAGUGUCGAUUUUCAUAAGCUCCACUGCAUUCCUAUUUUGAUUUUGAGUGGGCACAAAUUUUCAGAAUUUUCAUAAAAAUCAAGGUUAAAACAUUUGUUUUUAUUCCUCAAGGUCUUUUAAAAUCAACUUUCAUAAGCUUCGAAUAGUAUACUGACUUAGCUCACCUAGGCCUACCGAGAUAACCUAGCCCAGCAAUUAGGCAGGAUGCUGCCUGGCCUACUAUUCCUCGGGCUCGCAUGCCUCGGCCUACCUGCAUGUGAGGCACAACGACCCGUCGUCUUCGGAGGGACAGCGCCUCCAGGGUGCCGCUGCGUGCCGCUUACGGACUGCCCUGAGCUACGGCCGCCUGCCGGCCAACGCCUGUCGUACGAUCAAGCAGCGGCCCUUCAGCGCCUGAAAUGCGGCUUUCUUAACCGCACCAUCAAGGUGUGUUGCGGUGGAGGGCAGCCAUCACCCCUGGAAGACGACCCUACUCCUCCUCCUGAGAAUGUUGGGACAGAAGGCGCGCCCCCCACCGACCUGCCCCUGACCUGUGGCGACACCAAUAGCAUUGACAGGAUAUUCGGGGGGAGGAAUGCUCCCCUGGGGGGCAACCCCUGGAUGGUCGCUCUGGGGUAUUCGGUGCCGGGUCAGGGUGGUCAGCUCGAGCUGAGUUACGAGUGCGGGGCGACGCUGGUGACGCGCCAGCACGUCGUCACCGCCGCCCACUGCGUCCGUCCUGACGACCUCGGCUUCCGAUCCCUGUCAGUUUUUCACAGUUGAAUAUCGUCAUGAAGGCUCAAAUAUUGCUGAUCACUGGUUACAACAUUCACUUUCAACAAAUUUUUCUCUAAA